AAUAGGAAGGACAAAGAAGCGAGAGAAGAGAAGUUUAAGAAUUAGGGUUUUGGUGUUAUUUGUUGCUGAGAAGAAUGGAAGUGGAAACCAGGGAACCGUUUAUCUACAAUAAGGCUUUUCUUGAACAUAGAGAGCAAGUUAUACAACGCGACCGUCUCAAUCCACCCCGAGUUUUGCCUGUCCAUAAAUCUCUUCCUUCCAUUGGAUCUCACAAGCCGCUCUUAUAUUCAAUGGAAGAAUUGGCUGAUAUGACUGACAAUUUUAAUGAAAAAAAUUUGAUUGGAGAAACCUUAUUUACCAAACUGUACCGCGGGACAAUCCGACAUGGCUGGCUUCCUUUUGAAGAUUGGGUUGUCACUGUGAAGAUUUGGGAUUAUACUCUACCAACAUCGUGUCAUCUCGACGGAAUUGAAAGUUUUAAUGAAGAAGUAAUGUUUUUAACACAACCAAGUGCAAAACAACAUCCAAACGUGGUAAAUUUGUUAGGCUAUUGUAAUAGACGCUACCUUGAAGGUGUUGUUUAUGACCUCAAUCCUUUGGAUACUGUUCGUAACUUGGCUACCACAGGUAGUCUUACUUGGUUUCAAAGGAUUAAAGUGGCUCUUGGAUUUGCUCGCGCACUUGAAUUUCUUCAUGAUCCAAAAAAGCCUUAUUUAGUACGCAACAUUAACGCAGCCCAUAUAAUUCUUGAUCAGGAUUGCAACCCAAAGAUAUUUGACUUUUCAACCAUGAGUGGAGGUAUUCUUGGUAAGCUGACUCGCCCCAAAGAGAAAUUGUUGACUGUUGGCUAUGAUGAUCCAGAAUACUUCCCCUUAGGUGGACCAGAGGAAGGUGGAUUUGAGGUAACUUACCACGAUGUCUUCUCUUAUGGCGUUGUUCUCCUGGGGCUAAUAACAAAAAGAAUUGUGGACAUGGAAAAUAUUAAGACAACAACUUUGGUUUACCGUUGGGCCUGGAGGCAGUAUAGGCCUAAUCGAUAUCUUGUACAUGAAAGCCUUGUUGGAGACCCUGGCUUUUAUGCUUCUGAUGGAAUAAUGAUAACUGAGCUUGCCAUGCGCUGCAUUCAAAGGGAACUUGAUAAACGUCCUUCCAUGAAGGAUGUUGUCAAGCGUCUUGAGGGUUUACAAGCUGUCCAUGAAACCAAGGAAUAAAAAAUUAUCUCUGAU